GUGCACAUUUUCACAACACCACAUUAAACUUAAAACUCCAGCCGUGCGAAAUUUACAUUCCUGGUCGCCAUUUGCAUCACCGCCUUGGUUGAAAACUCAAUUGAUUCGAUCUCCGACUGAAAAAUCAGUUUUCAUGCAGGUUUCGUGUUCCACCGUUGGUCGUGUGUUUGUUUACCCAAACAAAGCAGUAGAAGCGGGAUCAGCAGAACUACUUUUGCUUGACAUUUGCAGUUUUGGCUUCGAAUAUGAUGAAGAAGGAUUAUUAAUGUCCAUUAAUUUUAAAGGAAAUGAAUGGCUACAAGGUCACUGAUGCGAACAGGUCCCGAAUAUGCGGUGUUGCCUGCAAAAACCUGCAACAAUUGAAGACAAAAGGAUGUGCAAAGUUAAAACUUGAUUCAUCCUCAAUAAUUGUAAGACUGCAAGAUGGAACUAUUGUAGAUGACGAAGAAUAUUUUAGAACAAUCGCACCACAGACUAUAUUUAUUUUAUCACCUUUGAAUCAGUCUGUUACAACAGGAUAUGAAUUGCUUUACAAUAUGCUAUGUUCAGUGCACAAGGAUUACUUAAAUGUUGGGAAAUUAGCCUCUGACUUUCUUAGUCAAGAUCUCAAAUCAAAGAUAAGGGAUAUAUCAUCAGUCCUUGAACAACAAUCAAUUCAAGAAAGAGCCAAGCUCAGUAAGCGUGAGGAAGAUCCAGCAUGGUUUGAUGGUUUAGAAACUUUAGCUUGCACCAAAGAAGACUUUAUGUUUAAAAGAAGUCAAGAAAGAAUCCGUGGCUACUUAUACAAAAGCCAGGAUGAUAUUAAAAAAUCUUCUUUAUACAUUAAAGAUUCAAAGGCUCGAGCCAAGCUUGAUGCAACAUUUAAUUGUUUCAAAACUUGGCUGAAAAAAGUUUGUCAUUUUGGUUGUUACUUUAGUCGCCAUUAUUCCUCUCAUGAAGGAAAUAUGAAGAGCUACUGUGACGGAAAUGGACAGUUUCAAUGCCAAGGCAAAUGGAAUGAAAAAAAUUGUUUACAUAUAGAUAAUGCUGUAGGUAACUCUAAGCACUUUAUCAACCCGUAUGAAAGUAAGGAGGCUAGGAUUGUCUUUUCCACUUGGAAUCUAGAUCACAGAAUUGAAAGAUCAAGAAGAAUAGGUCCAGCUUUACUUGAUGCUGCUAAGCUAGCUGUCCAAAAGAAUGAAGCCAUUAACGCUUUAUAUUUUUUUACUCUAUUGUUUACUUCCGCAAACUUAAAACUUGUUCAUAUAGUAUGCCAUGACAAGGGAGAGCACCAUGGUGCAGACUGCAUGACCAAAAGACUGACAACUAGUAAAAACUUACAACAAGACCUAAAUUUGGUCUUGAAUCAUCCUGCCAUCAGCGUUGUCUAACAUUCAAAACCACAACUUGAACUAUAAUAUAAGUAAAGAAAUCAAUCAACUUAAAA